ACCGUUUCGCCCCCGGGCGCGGAGACCACGGGCGGCCCGUCCUGAAGCACCCUCCCGUGCGCCUGAAGAGCGGGGCGCAGCGCGGCGGCCGCCCGUAGCCUCAGCGCUGCCCUUAACAAAGAUGGCCACCCACUUCCUCCCCCUCAAACCCUAGCCCGGCCGGUCCCGGCCGCCGCUGGAGGCUCAGCGGCAAGUCCCCGCCGGCCAGGGCACCGCUCCCCGCCCGCACAGCUGGGGUCCUGCGUGCUCUUCGCCGCCGCAUGGCCGAGGCUGCCGGCUCUCCGCGCCGCCCCGCCGCGGGCAGGUGCGAGGCGAGGGGUGCGGGAGCGGCCAGAGCCCGCUGGCGGCUGCUCGGACAGGUUCUGAAGAAAAAGCACUUGAAAGAUGUGCAUCUCCAGCAAGUCUCUGUUAGAAGGUUUGCAUCGUUCAAUCUCUUUUCAAUAGAAGACCAGAAUACAGAAGAGGAAACUGGGACCUGGGUUCAGUAUAAAAGCAUCUUUUAUCCUGAGUAUAGCGUGUCCUUAAGAUUUCACAGUGGACUCUUAAAUGUUAAGGAUGUUCUUACAAGUUUUGACAACACGGGGAAUGUCUGUCUCUGGCCAUCUGAAGAAGUGCUGGCUUACUACUGCCUGAAGCACAAAGAAAUAUUCAGGGACCUUGCUGUGUGUGAGCUAGGGGGUGGCAUGACAUGCUUGGCUGGGCUCAUGGUUGCUAUUUCUGCAGAUGUCAAAGAAGUUCUGUUAACUGAUGGAAAUGAAAAGGCCAUCAAAAAUGUAAGUGAGAUCAUCAGAAGAAACCAAGAUGCAGGAGUAUUUAAGGCUCAGAAAGUGUCAAGCUGCAUUUUACGAUGGGAUAAUGAGACAGAUGUCUCUCAACUGGAAGGACAUUUUGACAUUGUUAUGUGUGCUGACUGCCUGUUUCUGGACCGGUACAGAGCUAGCCUUGUUGAUGCAAUAAAGAGAUUACUCCAACCCAGUGGAAAAGCAAUGGUAUUUGCUCCACUCCGAGGGAAUACUUUAAACCAGUUUUGCAAUCUAGCUGAAAAAGCUGGUUUCUCUAUCCAAAGACAUGAAAAUUAUGAUGAACACAUUUCGAACUUCCACUCCAAGUUGAAAAAUGAAGAAAAAGAUACAUAUGAGGAAAACCUCCAUUACCCUUUUCUUCUCAUUUUAACCAAACACAGAUAGAAGAUGACACUUUUUUUGGUUUGUUUUAAGGUGGACUACUGAAAAUGAAUCCGUGUAUGUGGAUGAUCAGGCAAUGGGGAGGUUUCAGUUCCCCCCUUUUUGUUCCUGUGUCACCAUUAGAGAAAUAUUUCUAAUCUAAAUGCUAAGGAAGAUAUUGUGGCUUCUUUCACAGUGUGUAAACAUUGGGACAUCUUUUUUUGUAUCAUUUUAGAACUUAUUUUUCCAAUUAUGUUCCAGCCUAAAACGGAUCAGACUUCACAUGUACACAUUAACAAAGGUGUAAAGCUGGCUUCCUUCUCUUUUGUGCCUUUAAACUUGCGUGUACUUUGUUAAUCUCUUUAAAUGUAAUUUUGGGGUGUAUUUGAAAAUGUAUGAGUAAUAUACUUUGUGGGCUUAUAUAACUGGUUGUAAAGGAGUAAAUGCAUUCACAUUUAAUUAGGAAGGAAAUAGUUGUCUUACAAGUGCAUCUAUUGAAUGCUUGGAUUUUUCUGCCUUUUUUUCUUCUUUUUUUAAAUUCCACUGUUUAUUUUUCUAUCUAUUGAUUGAAAUGUCCUCAUUUGCUUCAGUGUUGAAGGCUUUUAGAUAUAUAUAUAUAUAUAUGUGUGUGUGUGUGUACAUAUGUUUUUUUCCAGCAGGACUUUUCCUCCUGUAGAUGUAUAAGAAAUUAUGCAUCAGACAAAAGCCUCAUAAACUGACCAUUUGUCCUUUGGACACAAUAGCCUGCCCAGCCCCUCUGCUCCUCCUCUCCAAUUAUGUGUGAUUAGUCUCAGUGUGUUGUGUCAAGAAGGGGGAGUGUGCUGAGUGCUUAUUAUCUGUUUAGGUACAAGAAGAGCACAUUUAGGUUCUGACUAUGAAUGGAAAGUGAGCCUUUAUCAGGACUAAAAUCUAAAUGCUACUAUCCUAGAAACCGCUUUAAAAAAAAAAAAACAUCCUUUUCUGAUAAAUUCCGAGAAACACUGUAACAACUAAAGGAUUUAUAGUGUAAUUGAACUCUCUCCCUUGAAUUAGUUUAUAUUGUGAUAUAUUGUGGCUCAAGUAUUUGGUAAACAUUUAAUGUGACUGUUAAGUAAAUAAGAAAUUGCUCCUGUUUCUUGGUAGGAUUUUUGUCCUUCCCAGUAGAAGAAAAGUCACAUUAAAUGUGUGUAGACCAUUUUAAUGACUUCUCAGAAAAACAGCCUGGAUCAUCAAAGAAUCCUGUACAGGCUCUUAAACCACAACACUUUUAAAAUGAUGAAAAAAGAGAGAGAGGCAGAGACCAUGACUGAGAGGGGGAGGUACUAGAUGCAAGGAAGUGUAGAGGAUCAUGUUGAAAUAUGUUAAUUAGAAGAACUGCAGUUCGGCAAAGAAGUGUUCUUCCAUAUUUAACAAAUUGGGCAGCAUGUAAACCACGAGCUUAUGAAAGUCCCUUUCUCUUUGCUCUUCUUCUCAAACAAAUUUCUUCACUACCGGUUUGCAUGUCCUUGUAUUCAAUACUUUUUAUGCUCCAUUAGAGCACCUAGAUGGAUCUCAGAAGGCAUAGGUCAAGUCGCAGUUAGAUCAUACAUUUCUUUCUCACAAAAACUUGAAUUGCAAUGCCAAGUGAUGGGCUAACAUCACAAUAACAGCAAUUUAUUCCUCUUUUGAUAAAAAAGCAGCCUAUUCUCAGUGUUAGAUAAAGACCAGGGGCAAUGCAAACCAACCAUUUAUCCUAGAACUGAGUAGUAUGUCUCCCCUAUAGCUGAUAUGAGUUUCAUAUUCAAACUCUUGUUGGAAGACGCUUGUCUAGUAGGAAAUUAAAAGCAUUUAUGAGGAAUUUAAAAUUGCUGUGAAGGUGGCUUUAGUUUAAUUAGUUUUGUUUUGUUUGUCCCACAAAGCAGUGCCUUUGUUUUCUCCAAAAACACGUACAAGAAAAUCUUUAUAAUCAACAAAGGAGUGUGAAAAAUAGUGAAAUAUUAAAAUUUGUGAACGUCUUAUUUUUAAGAGGGCUUGAAUGUCUGCUGUACAAUAAUCUAAUAAAGGUUGUUAGUUGCCAAAAAUAGAA